AAUUCCUAUCCUGUCGAUCACCAUGACUGUUCAGACCAAACAUCAGCAUGACUUGUUCCUCAUCCCUGCACAGUGCUCUAGCAACUUCCAAUCCAUCAUCAUCCCCUCCGGAUGUGCCAAUUCGCUUCACUGUAAUUUGAACCUCCUCCUCCUCUCUUCUUCUCCUGAGCGAACCUUUCUUCCAUUGCAAUGGUGUCUAGAUGAUCUUGGACCGAACUAUUCCAUAGCCACGCACUGCUGUAGCCUCCGAGACUAACCAAACUCCCGACUGUCUAUCUGCCACUCAGCCCCCCCACGCCAUCCACCUACCCACCUCGCCAUCUUCCAUCAAAAUCUUGAACUCCUCUCCAAAACCAAACAUUUUCCUCUGCUGGGUCUACUUCUCUACAUUACACACCUUCUCCCCUCUCUCUACCAAUACGCCUUCCAAUGUCGCCGGCCGGAAUACUCGCCGGGAUAUGUCUCCUCGGGGCCCUGUACUGCGGGCUCGACCCGCUCGGGCGGAGCGCGGUGGCGAACUUCCCGGACUUCGAGGCGUACAGGGUCGACAUGCCCCCUUGGUCGGAUGUGCCCACCGAGAAGGACGCCGAGAACCUGUUGCAGAGGUCGGAGAUUAAGUUUCUGAACCAGAUACAAGGACCCGAGAGCGUCGCCUUCGACCCCGCGGGUCGCGGGCCCUACACCGGCGUCGCCGACGGCCGUGUUCUGUUCUGGGACGGCGAGUCUUGGAAGGACUUCGCCUACACUUCGGGGAACAGGUCAAGCCUGUGUGAUCCAAAGCCAUCACCUUUGAGUUACUUGAAAAAUGAGCACAUUUGUGGAAGGCCCUUGGGUCUUAGAUUCGACAAGAGUACCGGCGAUUUAUACAUCGCAGAUGCAUAUUUUGGGUUGAUGAAAGUAGGUCCUGAAGGUGGAUUGGCAACCUCACUUGCAACUGAAGCCGAAGGAGUUCCUCUAGGGUUCACCAACGAUCUUGACAUUGAUGAAGAAGGAAAUGUCUACUUCACAGAUAGCAGUACCAAGUACCAAAGGAGGAACUUCUUGCAGUUGGUCUUUUCAGCAGAAGAUAGUGGAAGGCUUCUAAAGUACGAUCCGACCAUGAAGGAGACCACGGUCCUUAUGAGAAACCUCCAGUUUCCAAAUGGCGUGUCAUUAAGCAAGGAUGGAUCCUUCUUGGUGUUUUCUGAAUGCGCAAUUGGCAGAUUAAGGAAGUUCUGGUUGAAAGGCGAGAAGGCAGGGACUUCUGAAGUAUUUGCCGUUCUACCUGGGUUUCCCGAUAAUGUCAGAACUAACAAGGAUGGCGACUUUUGGGUGGCGAUCCACUGUCGUCGAAGCAUGUACUCUUAUUACUCUAGUCUCUACCCAAAACUCAGAAAACUUUGGCUCAAGCUCCCCAUCUCAGCGAAGACACAGUUCCUACUCCAAAUCGGUGGCCGACCCCAUGCCGUGGUUGUGAAGUACAGCCCGGAGGGUAAGCUUGUGCAAAUACUGGAGGACAACGAAGGGAAGGUCGUCAGAUCGGUCAGUGAAGUGGAAGAGAAGGAUGGGAAGCUGUGGAUAGGCAGUGUUCUCAUGCCUUUUGUUGCUGUUUACAGUUUAGCUUGAGGCAAAAACCGUUUGCUCUUUUUCUUAUGACCGACAUAAACCAUUAUAUGCUCACUCCUAGUUUAGGGGUUAAGCAUUUCAUAUCAAAGGCAUAACAGCUCAUACGUGUUGCUUUCUUUUCUGUUCUGUUCCUCUACUCAGCAAAACUUACAAGCAAUUGAGUUUGUUUGACACAGAAGGGCGUUUAUACAUGGGUCAUAAUGGAGGACAUUUUCAUACA